UCCCCGCCUCAGGCUCUCACCCUCCUCUCCUGCAGCUCCAGCUCUGUGCUCUGCCUCUGAGGAGACCAUGGCCUGGCCCCUGUGCACCCUGCUGCUCCUGCUGGCUGCCCAGGCUGUGGCCCUGGCCUGGAACCCCCAGGAGGAGGACAGGAUAAUCGGGGGUGGCAUCUAUGAUGCAGACCUCAAUGAUGAGUGGGUACAGCGUGCCCUUCACUUCGCCAUCAGCGAGUAUAACAAGGCCACUGAAGAUGAGUACUACAGACGCCCGCUGCGGGUGCUACGAGCCAGGGAGCAGACCGUGGCCGGGACGAAUUAUUUCUUCGACGUAGAGGUGGGCCGAACCAUAUGUACCAAGUCCCAGCCCAACUUGGACACCUGUGCCUUCCAUGAACAGCCAGAACUGCAGAAGAAACAGUUGUGCUCUUUCCAGAUCUACGAAGUUCCCUGGGAGGACAGAAUGUCCCUGGUGAAUUUCAGGUGUCAAGAAGCCUAGGGAUCUGUGCCAGGGAGUCACACCGACCACCUCCUACUCCCACCCCUUGUAGUGCUCCCACCGCUGGACUGGUGGCCCCCACCCUGCGGGAGGUCUCCCCAUGCACCUGCAGCAGGAGAAGACAGAGAAGGCUGCAGGAGGCCUUUGUUGCUCAGCAGGGGGCUCUGACCUCCCUCCUUCCUUUUGCUUCUCAUAGCCCUGGUACAUGGUACACACACCCCCACCUCCUGCAAUUAAACAGUAGCAUCACC